AUGGAUGGCGGUUCGCGGCGGCGACGCGGCGCCGACGGCGGCGACGGCGGUAAGGGCGGCGACGUCGUUCUCGUGGCAUGCGCGCGGACGAAAGGGCUGGGAGACGUGAAGAAUUUAUUGCGAGGCGCGACGGGAGGUGCGGGAGGGGCGCAGGGACGGAUCGGGAGUCGAGGCGCGGACGCGCGCGCGCGCGUGCCGCUAGGGACCAUCGUUAGAGGCGAAUGGCUCGUCGUCGCCGACUUGACGCGCGACGGACAAACGUGCGUGCUCGCCCGAGGCGGGAAGGGAGGUAAAGGGAAUAAACGCAUGCCCGUUGGACGCGAAGCCGGGACGCGCGAGCCGGGCGCUCCGGGUGAAGAAGGUAAAUUCGUGUUGGAGUUGAAAACCGUCGCCGACGUCGGGCUGGUGGGACUGCCGAACGCGGGAAAAAGCACGCUCUUGCGCGCUUUGUCCAACGCGACGCCGCGCGUCGGGUCUUACGCGUUCACCACGAUGCAACCACAACUUGGCGCGGUAUCGGCAACGGACGGCGAGACGAUCACGCUGGCAGACAUUCCCGGCUUGAUCAAAGGGGCACACGAAAACAAAGGGUUGGGGCAUAAUUUCUUGCGACACGUCGAGCGAUGCGAGGCGUUGGCGUACGUGGUAGAUUUAUCGAGCGGCGACGGCGUCAAACCUUGGGAUGCGUUGGAUAUCCUCAAGCGCGAGUUGGAGGAGUACUUACCAGGACUUUCUAAACGCCCUGGGUUCAUCGUCGCGACGAAGACGGAUUUGCCGCACACGGCGCGGACGUUGAAGGCGCUUCGAGCGCGCACGGCGCCUACGCCCGUCUUUGCUGUGUCAGCGGCGAAUCGCGAAGGCACGGACGAGGUUCUUCGCGUGUUUGAGAACGAAAUCAUAGGAAAUAGACGAGUGUAG